UGAUGGAAAUAAGGUUACAAUGUCUUUUCUUGUCAGCUUCACCAGCACAUAAAAGGACCCUGAGUUUCUCCACUGUACUCACUCUCCAGGCAGAGCAGAGUAAGACCACAAACCACCGUCCACAUGGCUACCACCUUCUCCAGCGGCAGCUUUGUUUCCAGCAGGUCCUCAAUGGGCUCCUCACGAUUCUCUGCUUCAGGUGGAGGAGGUGGCCGAAUCAGCGCCAUUAGGGCUGGCAGCGUGUACGGGGGUGCAGGAGGUUCAGGGGUCCGUAUCUCCAGUGCUUCUCGCUCCAUGUCCGCAGCAGGGUCAGGUGGUGGCUUUGGCUUUGGAGGUGGAUUUGGUGCUGCAGGAGGGGCUGGUGGAGGAUUCGGUGGGGGAUUUGGAGCUGCAUCAGGUGGAGGAUUCAGUGUCUCUGGAGGAGCAGAUGACAGUGUCAUUGGCAAUGAGAAGUUCACCAUGCAGAAUCUCAACGACCGUCUGGCUACUUACCUAGGGAAAGUCCACUCCCUUGAAAAGGCCAAUGCUGACCUUGAGUUGAAGAUACGCCAAUUCCUUGAGAGCAAAAUCUCUCCUACAGGUGGUGCUCGUGACUGCUCAGCCUUCCAGGCUACUAUCAGUGACAUCCAGGCUAAAAUCUUGGGUGCCAUGCAGGUAAAGAACACAGUCCACCUCAGCAUUGACAAUGCCAGCUUGGCUGCAGAUGAUUUCAGAAUGAAAUAUGAGAACGAGCUGGCAAUGCGUCAGUCUGUGGAGGCCGACAUCUCAGGGUUAAAGAGUGUUCUUAGUGAGCUCAUCAUGAACAAUAAAGACCUCAAUCUGCAGAUUGAAGGGCUCAAUGAGGAGCUGGUCUACAUGAAGAAGAAUCACAAGGAGGACCUCUUGACCACACAUGAUCAGAUGAGCGGACAGGUCAGCGUGGAAGUUGAUGCCGCACCACAGGAAGACCUCAUCAAAAUUCUAGCUGAGAUGCGUGAGCACUAUGAGACCGUCGUAGCCAAGAGCCAGAGAGACCUUGAAGGCUGGUUCCAGCAGAAGUCUGAGACCUUGAAACAAGAGGUUGUAACAAGCACAGAGACCUUGCAAACUUCGAAAACCGAGGUCAACACAGUGAAGAGCACAGUUCAGUCACUGGAGAUUGAGCUUCAGUCCCUCCUUGCCAUGAAAUCAUCCAUGGAAAGCACCCUGAGUGAGACUCAGAAUCGCUACUCGAUGCAGCUGUCUGGCUACCAGGCACAGGUGAGUGGAAUGGAGGGCCAACUGGUGCAGCUCCGCAGCGAUCUGGAGCGCCAAAGUCAAGAGUACCAGAUGCUUCUGGACAUCAAGACCAGACUAGAACUGGAGAUUGCAGAGUACAGAAGACUGCUGGAUGCAGAGGCCAGCGGCAGCCUGGCCAUCUCAGUCAACUCCGGCUCCAGCUCCUCCUCCAACUCCAUCACUACCACCAAAACAGCAGUGAUCACUGUUGUGGAAGAGGUGGUUGAUGGUGGGACAGUAAUUUCUUCCUCUUCAACAUCCCUUGUUAAGUGAAGCACACCAGACUCAUGUCGGUUGGAGAAUAUACCUCCUAUCAAGCUGUCAAAAUGUGGUGAUGGUUUGUGAGCAUUUACAACAAUAAAAAUAAACAAAAUGUG